CCCAACGCCUGACCCUUUCGCGAUCAACAUCUUGCAGCCAUGUCGAUUAUGGAAUACAACGGUGGCUCCGUCAUAGCCAUGGUCGGGAAAGAUUGUGUCGCGAUCGCAUCCGACCUGCGUCUAGGAAAUCAGGCGUUGGGUAUUGCAUCUGACUUCGAGAAGAUAUUUCCCAUGACCGACCGAGUAUACCUCGGGCUCCCCGGACUCGCGACUGACGUUACGACACUACGAGAACAGUUCCGCUAUCGCCUCAACAUGUACACUAUCAAAGAGGAACGCGAGAUCGAGCCCGAGACAUUCGCGCACCUCGUCUCGUCCACACUCUACGAGCGACGCUUCGGGCCAUACUUCAUUGAGCCUGUCAUGGCGGGGCUCCAGAGGCUCCCGAACGGCGGCUACAAGCCGUUCAUCGCCGCGACGGACCUCAUUGGGUGUAUCAACUUCGCGAAGGACUUUGUCGUUGCGGGCACGGCGAGCAGCAAACUGUUUGGUGUUGCGGAGGGGCUGUGGGAGCCGGACCUGGAGCCGGAGGACCUGUUUGAGACGAUUGCGCAGACGCUGCUGAACGCGGUGGACCGAGACGCGUACUCAGGUUGGGGCGCGGUCGUGCAUGUAAUAACAAAAGACAAGGCGAUCAAGCGUGUGCUCAAGGGCAGAAUGGACUAGUUAUGUUGUGUAUAUCAGGAUUGCAUUCACUCUC